AUGGACAAGUUCCACUCGCUGGCCAUAAAAGCAUUACUUACAUUUAUUCUCACAACCGGAGUAUUUGUGAAUGAGGGCUCAUUCAAGAUGCCCUUAUGGAUUGGUCUGUUACCGGCUGUUUUGUUUAAUCCAGCUGUGGCUGUAUACUUUUACGUAAAAAGGAUGGAAUAUAAAAAGAGGUUUUUGAGAAAAACAUAUAAUCCCGGGAACAGAGCACUCUUGGGGUUUGCCUUCGGUGAGGUUUUGUCUAUAAUGCCAUUUUAUUGCAUAUCGGAGUACUGGAAAACCAUGCUGUUGAACAUCACUUUGGUGGCCAUACUCAGCAUUCUUCCAAUGGUUGAUUCCUCUGGAAGAAGAACAAUACAGCUGGAGCGAAAUGAGGAGUUUUUCAAAAUAGGCUUCCUUAGAGUGGAACAUGUCGAGGGUGGAGAUGUGUGCCUUAACAAAGGCGAAGUCGUCCAGAUUCUGGAUCAUUCUGGAGGAAGCACCACAGUAAGAAAGUCCGACGGAAGGGUCUUUACAAUAGAAGACUCCUAUAUCGACGAUGGAAUCGACAUUGUCCUGUAG